AUGGUAUCUAGAGAAUCUACUGUGACCAGUCUAGUCACACCAAGAUCAAUUAAUGAGAACGAACUUGAAAGUCAAGAAAUACAAGAACAUAAAUUUAAAGAAUCGGAUGCUGGUGAUGGGACGCAAAGAGAUGAUCAUUAUUUGACGGGGAUGAAGUUGUUAACCUGUUUAUUUGCGCUUUUAUUGUGUUUAUUUGUUGUUGCUUUGGAUCAAACGAUUAUUGUUACUUUAUUGAGUGUGGUUGGGAAUAAAUUCGAUGCAUUCAAUCAAGUUGGAUGGAUUUCGAGUGGAUUUUUACUUAGUGUUACUAUAUUCACAGUUAUAUGGGGGAAAUUAUCGAUUAUGUUUGGAAGGAAAUAUAGUAUGUAUAUUUCGUUGAUUAUAUUUGAAGCUGGUAGUUUAAUGUGUGCGUUAGCAAAUAAUAUGAAUACAUUAAUUGGAGGAAGAGUGUUAGCUGGGGUUGGAGGAGGAGGAGUUCAAUCGUUAGUUUUCAUUAUAGUUAGUGAGGUUGUACCAAUUCAUUCUACCAAAAGCUUGUUUAGUAUUAAUAGGGCCUCAUCGUUUGCCCUUUUAAGUAUUGUUUUUUUAGUUGCUUCGGUGGUUGGACCGAUUAUCGGUGGUGCAUUCACUUCAUCUUCGGCCAGUUGGAGAUGGUGUUUUUAUAUAAAUUUACCAAUUGGAGGACUUGCCGGAGUAUUAUUUGGAUUUGCCUUCAAUCCACCUUUCCCCAAGGGUAAUCUUUUCAAGAAAUUAUUGACUAUUGAUUAUAUGGGAGUCUUCUUAAUGUCAGCCGGAUGGACUCUUUUCUUGUUGGCCUUGACUUUUGGAGGAGGAAGUGAAUUUUCGUGGGAUUCUUCCGCAGUCAUAUCAUGUUUUGUCCUUGGAGGAGUCUUGAUAAUUGGAUAUUUUGUUUAUAAUCAUUAUUUAUCUAAGAAUCAAAUCAUUCCAACUGCAGUACUCAGCAUCCCACAGAAUAUUGCUGCUGCGGUUGCUACUUUUUCCGUGUUUGGCUAUUUCAUAGCGUCGUUAUUAUAUUUGGCUAUUUAUUUUCAAGUUAUUUGGAACUCAUCUCCCAUGAAGUCCGGUAUUCAUAUUUUACCAAUUGUUAUCCCGGUUAUAUUAUUUUCAAUUAUGUGUUCGGUUAUAAUUAAUAAGACUAGAUACGUCAAGCCGAUUGUGCUUGUCGGGGCGGUUUUGGGACCAGUGGCUAAUGGAUUAUUAUGUUUGUUGGAUGUGGAUUCUUCCAACGGUAACAAAAUCGGGUUGUUGAUCCUUGUUGGGGUUUCCAUUGGUCUUCAAAUGCAACCAUUAUUCCUUGCUGCUCAAAUCAGUGCCCCCAAGACCCCGGGGGGAACCAUUUUAACCACUACGUUUAUGAAUUUCGCCAAGUCCUUAGGUGGAGCGGUUUCUGGGAAUUUGGCUGAUGCGGUUUACGGGGCUUCAAUUAAAAGAUUCUACAAUCAACGUAUUGCCAAUGCGCCUGCUUCGAUCGUUAAAGAGUUGUCCAAAAUCAAUGGUGACACCUUGGUCAAUUCUACAGAGUCUUUGAGUGGCUACUCCGAUGAAACUUUAACCUUCUUGAAAAAAAUCAUCAUGUCUUCCAUUACAAAUGUGUUCUACAUGCAAUUGGGGUUUGCUGGUUUAGGGUUAAUUGCAUCUUUGUUUAUCAGUAACCAUCGUCGAAACCCGAGUCGAACCUGGAAUCGGCAGCAGAAUCAACCUCAGAAUCGAAACCAGAAUUAA